CGGCUUCCCGCCUCCGUUUCUUCUGUCACUCUUUCUCUGUCUCUCUCUCAGUAGAGAAGCAGAGUGGGCCGCAAUGGUGUCGCCGCACGGCAUCAAACUCGCUGUUUAUCUCAUCUCUUCUUACUUCGGCGAUCUUAAUGCUAAAGUUUGCGAGUGUCUGUUGCAACGAGGAACUCAAUCGUUAGCACAAAUUGUACGUUUCACAGAGCUUAGCAGAGAGAAUGUUAGGAACUGUUUACUUGUUCUUAUUCAUCACAAUUGUGUUCAAGCCUUUGCAGUUCAACAAGAAGGUGCAUUUGGGGAGGCACCAAAAGUUAUUACAAACUACAUGGCAUUAUUUGACAACAUAAUCCAUAAAUUGAGGUUCCCUAAGUUUUUAGAGAUUGUGUCUGAGGUACUCGGAGAAAAAGUCGGAAAAGAGGGCGGAAAAGAAAUCGGAAAAGAAUGUGAAGAGAUUUUUGAAGGGUUGCUUCAACAUGGUAGGCUUUCACUCAACCAAAUUAUAGAUAGAUUCAAGCAGACAUCAAAUCAAGGAGAUUCUAGCGCUGAAGCUGCACGAGAUAACUUCAGCAAGCUAGUUAACGCUCGAUUCGUGGAACGCUGUCCUGCCCCUGAACCAUUUCUUGGUCCACCAGCUGAAGAAGAAACUGCUGCAAAGAAACAAGGUGCUAAAUCUGCCAAGAUUGUAAAACAAACCAUUGAACAAAGAGCCUUGGCAGCAGCAGCUCCAAUGGAAUCCAUGAGAUUCUUAGUUGAAACAGACACCUGGAACGAGGCUUCUGUGGAAACAACGGACAAAAAGACUACGGUUGUGACACUUGGCACAAAGCGGAAGCAAGAUAAUUUAGAGUCAAACACAGAACUGCUGGCUACAGAUGAAAAUAAAGUACUCUGGCGUGCCAAUUUUGAAGAGUUUAUUCGCCGCUUAAGGCACAAGGCUUGCGUUGCAAAUGUGAAAGUACGUGUCAACAAUGAUGCUGCAAUUGUGCUUGCUGCGACCCUGGAGUUGAGUAGACAUUCUGAGACUAAAGUGAGAAUCGAUAACUCAGUUCCUCAGUCCAUAAAUGCUAUUUAUGAUGAGGUGAUAAAGAGGGAUGGUGGUCUUGGUAUGGAUUUGGAGCGUAUCAGAGCUUCCCUUGUUGAAUUAGGAUGUGAAACCCCAUUGAUGGCGAUAGAUGAAACUUAUAGUGUAGAUUUGAAGAACAUUAUUGAACAGGCUCGCAUUGAAGAGGUGGAAUCCAUUGUAUUAAAAAGGUAUGGAAGGGAGGCCUACAGGAUGUUCAGAUUACUGUCAAAAGCUGAUCGUCUUCUUGAAACUGAUAAGAUUUCAGAUACCACAUUUGUUGAAAAGAAAGAUGCAGUCAAGAUUCUAUUUAAGCUGUGGAAAGAUGACUACUUGGAGAUGAAGAAAGUUAUUGCACGUGGAGCAAGGCAAUCAGAAUUCAUACUGUGGAAAAUUAAUAAGCAAUCUCUUUGGGAACAUGUUCUAGAUGAAAUGUACCAUGCUGCCCUUAAUUUGAGAUUGAGAAUAACACACGAGCAAGAACAGGAAAAAGAGGUUUGUUUACAGAGCUCACCUAUCAAUGUUCUUCUUCUGUCUAUUGCACGUUAUUUUGUUAUUUUCGUUUAUCUUUUAUUUUAA